AACAACUGAGUUCAGUUUCCUGUCCCAGAUAUUCUCCACCACAAGAUUAUUACCGUUCUGGAACAUCCAAUAGAACGAUGGAUAUUGUACCAACGGAUUCUUCAAUACACUCUGGGGGAUACAAUCGCUCUAGGGCUUCCUCUUUUUCUGAAAGACCGGAUGGUCGUACGGUUUCCAGACAGCCCAUGGACACUGACGUUUAUGGGCCUCCGCAUGCCUACGGUUGGUCACCUUCAGGCUCUCACACGCGACAGUAUUCCAUGGAGCCCCCAAGUGGUCACCAUCGAAGACUAUCGCCCCCCCCUGAGCCCAUGUAUGCUCGUUCAGAUUAUUCGGGGCUGCCCAGAACUAUGCAUCCAGCUAUCCCAAGCCCUGUAUCCCCCGUGCUAUCGAGUGAUUUGCAUAAGCGCAAUAGAGCAUCCUCGGGAGCUUCGACGUCGCGGAACUCCUCUCGGUCAAAUUCCUUGAGCUUUUUCGAUGGCCCUCGCCAGAGACCAGUGGAACCAGUGUCAAUGGUCCCACCUUCUCCUGUUAUAUCUCCAGAUUACGUAUCACCACGAGGAGACAUUGAUCAGCGAAUGAAUCCUCCCGAUUCGGCACGUUCAUGGCCACUGCCACCCAAAGCUCGAAGCGAUUCCAGAUCCUUUUCCCAGUCUGGAAAUCGUCCACCAUUUCCCAGCCCCCCAACCCCUCGUGCAGGUUCAUACGAAAAACCAGAAGGUGUUCCGUCCACAGGAUUUGUUGAGCCUUCCAACAGCAAUCUCGGUGGAUCCCGCAGCCGCGCUGGCUCAAUACCGUCGUACGAUUCAGGUGGACUGGGCAGAAAUAUCCCUCAAGCAAUGUCGCUGGUCGGCGGCUCGAAAGCACCAGAAGUCAAUCAAAUGUCAAUUAAGCCGUCACCAGGGAGUACUGUCGUCAAGCUCGAAGACGUUCCAAUGAGUAUAUCAUCUCGUGAGACCUCAACGGCAGUUCAUGGUAUUCAGAACCGUCAUAAGUCGGCGUCGCUGUCGUCAAUGGAACGGAGCGACAGUAGUCCGCCUGCCGAGAAAUCGUCGCCUCAUUCUUCUCAGGCCUACGCUAUUCCCCUCAGGAUUAGCAUGACUGAAGCCAAGAAACGGUCUGCACCAGGUGACAAAGCAAUAACUUCAUUACCUGCUCCUUUACCUACAAUUAACCGAGACUGGCCAUCAGAAAUGCCCAGGCUAUUCCCAUCAGAUCUAAAAAGCCCUCCGAAGCCGGUUGCCUCGACAGCAUCUGCAAAGUCCACUCCAAAUUUGGGCUCGAAGCGGGCCGAGACCCCACAGACGCCUCUACACAGCUCGGUUACAAAAGUAAACUCUUCGGAUGAUGGUACUCCGAUGUCGAUUACACCUUCAGCAACUCUCUCAGAUAAUGUACGGCGGAUAGUGCAAACCGAUGGCGGAGGAGCUGAACACGCAGAGUCGAUCUUGGCGUGGAAUCAACAGAUACCUCAGCCGCGCGAGAUUGGAGGGAGGUCGUCAGAUACCCAAGGUCACUAUGAUUCACGCCCUUUAAUGAGCGUUUGUUCACAUCUGAUUGUUUUUUUCCCAGCCCCAGUUAGUGAGCAUGAUAUGCAACUAGAUGUGGCACCCCCUUUUUGUUCGGAAGUCGUCGCAGUUGAGCUCUUCCGUGGGGGAGCUAUUCCCGAGUCACAAGAUGACGACGUAGAUCAGAUUCUAUCUCAGAACCGCAGAUUACGCAAUAGUCCCGAGCCUGGGCGCCUCCCGGCUCCUAAGUCCGCUGCACCAACAAUUCGUAAGAUUCCGUGCAGCACUCAACAUACAGUUGCUAAAAUGUCUCGCAAUAGCAAAACAACCAAAACAACAGAAACAAGAAACUCCUACCCCAGCGCCACAGCAAGACCCUCAGACCGUGAACGUUGCGGCUCUCUUUCAUCAAUAUGCAAUAGAUCUUUUCAGAAGCUGCUUUGAAAAUCCACCCCCGCUACAGGAAAACCCCGUUGAUCGUCAACCCCAGCCUCAACCCCAGCCUCAGCCUCAGCCUCAGCCCCAGUCUCAGCCUCGGCCCCAGCCCCAGCCCCAGCCCCAGCCCCAGCCUCAGCCUCAGUCUCAGUCUCAGCCUCAGCCUCAGCCUCGGCCCCAGUCUCAGCCUCGGCUCCAGCCCCAGC